CGGUGGAUAUUGUUGGGCAUGAGGGGAGUCUGACCGUGCUGAAUCAAAAUAUUAGAUUAAGUGCAGUGCAAUCAAACAUCGUAGAGACAAUGUGUUAAUGGUCAUCUGAUUUUUUUAGGAAUAAUGUUUCAUUUGUAUGUUGUUCAAUUUCAACUCUUUAAUUUAAUAUGAAACUUUAACUCACAUUUAAUAUAUCACAACAUCUCUCCCUCAAGUGUUAGCAUCCGUGAUCCAACACCAACAAUCUCUUGUUCCUCCAUCAAGUCGAUCCAUGGCUUAGAUGCCACUGUUGGGUCAUGAUGUGGAGCCUUGAGUCAAAUCAACAUAUUGAACUAAAAGCAACCCCACAAACGUGUUCGGACACCAGAUCUCCACCCCAAACCUCGGCAUUGAAUUGAUAUAUCAUCUCACUUAUAUCUUUUAUAUGACUUAAUUCACACUUGACAAAGAGACAUCUGGCUAGUUUGCAAUAUAUAUAGGCGUAAACUAAUUCUAUGGGUAAUAUUGAUGGAAAUAAAAAACAUGAGACGUGCGGUGGAGAGUGAAGAGUAACAUGUUAUAACAAAACAGACUAGUGUUUGCGUGAAAGUGAAAGAAAAAGAACAGAACAGUGUCGUUGAAAUGGAAGAUCCAUUACAAUCUCGUGAUUCUGUAACAUUUUCUUCUUCAGGCAGUGAUGAGAAUAGAAAAGAAAGGAGAUCUGAUUUUAAGAAGAAACUGCUCAAUGCAUUUUCAAAGUUUAAGCAUUCUUUCAAGAAAAAGCGUGUUGAUGAGUUACAGGCUGUUAAUGUUGUUCCUGCUGUUGUUGAUGCGUUUCGGAAAUUGUUGAUCAUGGAUGAAUUGCUUCCUCAGAAGCACGAUGAUUAUCACAUGAUGUUAAGAUUUCUGAAAGCAAGGAAAUUUGAUAUUGGAAAGGCAAAGCAUAUGUGGGCUGAUAUGCUAGAAUGGAGGAAGGAGUUUGGUGCUGAUACAAUUAUGGAGGAUUUUGAGUUCAAUGAAUUAAAUGAAGUUAUUAAGUAUAAUCCACAUGGCUAUCAUGGUGUUGAUAAGGAGGGAAGACCUGUUUUCAUCGAAAGAUUUGAAAAACUGGAUCGAAACAAACUUAUGCAAGUUACAACUAUUGAUAGAUAUGUGAAGUACCACGCACAGAGGUGCGAGGAAAUGCAUGCAAUAAAGUUUCCUGCUUGCACAAUUGCUUCCAAGAGGCACAUAGAUUCAAGCAUCACAAUCUUAGAUCUUCAAGGCAUUGGAUUUUGCAACCUUGAAGAGGCUGACCGCGAAAUCAUGAAGCGAUUUCUAAAGAUUCUUAUAGACAAUUACCCUCAGACUGGUGGCCAAUCGUUUAUCAUAAAUGUUGGCCUUGAGCUUAGGUCGCUGCGGAGCAUUUGCGAAUAUUUUAUGGAUCCCAAAGUAGCUUCAAAGGUUCAUGUUAUUGGAGACCGGUACCAAAGAAAAUUGCUUAAAGUAAUCGAUGCCAGCGAGUUGCCAACAUUUUUGGGAGGUACCUGCACAUGUGCAAAUCAGGGAGGUUGCCUCAGAUCCGAUAAAGGACCUUGGAAUAACCCUGAAAUUUUGAAGAUAAUUAACUUACAUGCUAAGCCACCAUGCCCAAUGGUAAAAGGCAGCGAUACAUUGACAGCUGAAUCGAGUUCUGAAGCUGAAGAUAAUGUUAUAGCUGUUUGCGAGGAGGAUCCAAUGGCGAGCGCUUUGGAAAAGCUGCCCAGCGAACAAGGGAAGCUGCUGACUGAAUUGAAAAUGGACAUGGAUCACAUUAAAGAAGGUUUGUCGGAGCAAAUUAACGAACUUUUGUCGGAAUUCAAGAAGAAAACACUUUCAUGAAAAGGUGAAAAUUCUGUCUAGAAAACACGGCAGGACGAUAAGGAAACUGUUUGUGGAUGAUGUUGAUUGGGAUUGAUUUUCCCUCAAUAAUUGAUUUUAACUUGUAACUAGGAGCUUUUGACUUCAAAUAUGAUUUUUAUACUCAAAUUUGAUGUUUUGCUUGUUUGACUACCUUUCUUAAUUGUGUUUACUUUAUUGGUUAGAUGCAUUUUUCCUUAUGAACUCUCAAAACUUGCAUUGAAUAUUCAGUCUAUUUGGGGGGUUGGAGAAGGAGAAUUAUGGUUAAAAGAAUAAAUCUUCAACUGGAAUUUUUCAUUCAAAUCAAGUUGAUCACUUUUAGGUUAACCUUAGUAAACCUCUAAGGCACACAAAAAAUAUCAAUAUUCCCUCCGAUCAUAUAUAUAAAACGUUCUCACAUCCUUUAAGAAAAUUAGUUAACUUCAUUUGAUGUUCUCAAAGUAACAGAAAAAGUAAUUGCAUUCUCUAAAAUACCUGUCAUGAGAAGCACUAUAGUGGUUUUGGGGUUCAGCACUCUGCACCCUUGUCUAAGAUUUAACGACAUAGAUUAGAUGUUAGCACAAACGAAAAAUAGAGACGGAAGUGGCAGUCACUCACCUCGGUCUUCAUCUUCUAGUUUAAU